CCGAAUCGAAGCCCCAAAGGCAGCGGCGUGUGUGACGUCAUUCCAGGCGCAGGCGCAGUGGAAUUAGAACCGAGGCUGCGCAGACUCAGAAGGCGCUCUUGAAGCCUAGUGCCGCGCGAUGGCGGGCACGGGCUUGGUAGCCGGAGAGGUGGUGGUAGAUGCGCUACCAUAUUUUGACCAAGGCUAUGAGGCACCCGGCGUGCGGGAAGCGGCGGCGGCCCUGGUGGAGGAGGAGACGCGCAGAUACCGACCUACCAAGAACUACCUGAGCUACCUGACGGCCCCGGAUUAUUCUGCCUUUGAACAUGAUUCUGUUACUAAUUCUUUGUGGUGUUUGUGCAUCAGACAGACAUAAUGAGAAAUGAAUUUGAAAGACUCGCUGCUCGACAACCGAUUGAAUUACUCAGCAUGAAACGAUAUGAACUUCCAGCCCCUUCCUCAGGUCAAAAAAAUGACAUUACUGCAUGGCAAGAAUGUGUAAACAAUUCUAUGGCUCAGUUGGAGCACCAGGCGGUCCGGAUCGAGAAUCUGGAGCUGAUGUCACAGCAUGGAUGCAAUGCCUGGAAGGUGUACAAUGAAAAUCUUGUUCAUAUGAUUGAACAUGCACAGAAAGAGCUUCAGAAGUUAAGGAAACAUAUUCAAGAUUUGAACUGGCAGCGAAAGAACAUGCAGCUUACAGCUGGAUCUAAGCUGAGAGAAAUGGAGUCAAACUGGGUGUCGCUGGUGAGUAAGAACUAUGAGAUUGAGCGGACGAUUGUCCAGCUGGAGAACGAGAUCUAUCAGAUCAAGCAGCAGCACGGGGAGGCCAACAAGGAAAACAUCCGCCAAGACUUCUAAUGACUCAGGCGACGUGGGCUCCGCAGACUCAGCGGGGACUUUCUCGGAGCGACUGUGGUGGUUACAUGGUUAGAGACCAUGGACUAUGUAAACUGUUGUAUUGCUUCUGUGUGAGUGUCUUAGCAAAAUAAAGUUGUCAACAUGUUGCUGUUUUUAUGCUAUAAAAACCUGGUUUUCAGAAUGAGUAUGACUUUAGAAUAAUUUUGACAUAUUUUGUAGCAGAAUUUUUUUUUUAAGGCUUCAAAUUUUGUAAUGAAGCUCCUUUAUUUUUAAGGCAUCCAACAUGUUCUGGAAGCUGGAAACCUUGAAUUUGUGUUUUUUGUUGAAUAAAGUUACAGUUCUAAGCAUUUUUAUGUGUGGCUAUAGUGAACUUUAUUGAUGGUAUUCAAAAGAAUGAGGCUCCCUUCUAGGGAUCUAUGAUAGAAAUAGGUGUAGUGAGAAUUGUGGAAUUUUGGAUUCUUUUUUAAAAAUGCAGAAAUAUAAGAAUAUGUUUUGGGCUGGUGAGAUGGCUCAGCGGGUAAGAGCACCCGACUGCUCUUCCGAAGGUCCGGAGUUCAAAUCCCAGCAACCACAUAGUGGCUCACAACCACCCGUAAUGAGAUCUGAUUCCCUCUUCUGGAGUGUCUGAAGACAGCUACAGUGUACUUACAUAUAAUAAAUAAAUAAAUCUUAAAAAAAAAAA